AUGAGAAGUGGACGCAGGGUAACAGGAGCACCACGGAGGGAGUGACCCAGUUUGCUCGGGAAGGCUUUGCAGAAGCAGUGGCACCUAAGGAGUGUUCUGAAGGAUGAACAGGAGUUUGCCAGGUCUCGAAGACAGAGGGAGUGUGUUGCAGGUGAUGAGCAGUUCGGACAGGGGUGAAGGUGUGAGAGCUGAUGACUUAUUUUGAGCAGGUGGCCUGUGAGUAUGGCAUGGUGCACGUGGUCUCCGAGACGGGGGGCCGCAAAGGCAAAGACUACUGUAUUCUCUACAAUCCGCAGUGGGCCCACCUGCCACAUGACCUUGGCAAAGCGAUCAGCUGGUGUAAGCACCACCUUCCCCAGUCUCUCCUGCAGCUGCGGGACUGGACGGCCUCCGUGCUCUGCUCUCCGCCCGACCUCCCUGCCAAAGGCUUCAGCAACCAGAUCCCGCUGGUGGCGCGGGGAAACUGCACCUUCUACGAGAAAGUGCGGCUGGCGCAGGGUGGCGGGGCGCGUGGGCUGCUCAUCGUCAGCAAGGAGACACUGGUUCCCCCAGGAGGCAACAAGACACAGUACGAUGAGAUUGGGAUUCCUGUGGCCCUGCUCAGCCACAAAGACAUGCUGGACAUUUUCAAGAGUUUCGGCCGAGCGGUGAGGGUGGCGCUCUACGCCCCCGGCGAGCCCAUGCUGGACUACAACAUGGUCAUCAUCUUUGUCAUGGCCGUCGGCACCGUCGCCCUUGGCGGCUACUGGGCCGGGAGCCGGGACGUGAGGAAAAGGUGCAUGAAACACAAGCGGGAUGAUGGGCCCGAGAAGCAGGAGGACGAGGCCGUGGAUGUGACCCCCGUCAUGAUCUGCGUCUUCGUGGUCAUGUGCUGUUCCAUGCUCGUGUUGCUGUACUAUUUCUACGACCAGCUUGUUUAUGUGAUCAUCGGGAUUUUCUGCCUGUCCUCCUCCACGGGCCUCUACAGCUGUCUGUCACCGUUGGUCCAGAGGCUGCCAUUGGGCAGGUGCAGGGUCCCCAACAACAGCCUGCCCUACUUCCACAAACGCCCUCGGGUCAGCAUGCUGCUCCUGGCGCUGCUCUGCCUGGCCGUCAGCGUGGUGUGGGGAGUCUUCCGGAACGAGGACCAGUGGGCCUGGAUCCUUCAGGACGCACUGGGCGUCGCCUUCUGCCUCUAUAUGUUGAAAACCAUCCGCCUCCCCACUUUCAAGGCCUGCACGCUGCUGCUGCUGGUGCUGUUUGUGUAUGACGUCUUCUUCGUGUUCGUCACGCCCUUCCUGACCAAGAGUGGGAACAGCAUCAUGGUGGAGGUGGCGACCGGGCCCUCGGACUCGGCCACCCAUGAGAAGCUCCCCAUGGUCCUGAAGGUACCCAGACUGAACGCCUCGCCGCUGGCCCUGUGUGACCGGCCCUUCUCUCUGCUGGGCUUCGGGGACAUCCUGGUGCCAGGGCUGCUCGCGGCCUACUGCCACAGGUUUGACAUCCAGGUGCAGUCGUCCAGGGUCUACUUCGUGGCCUGCACCGUGGCCUAUGGCAUCGGCCUCCUGGUGACGUUCAUGGCGCUGGCCCUGAUGCAGCGCGGCCAGCCCGCCCUCCUCUACCUGGUGCCCUGCACGCUGGUGACGAGCUGCGCCCUGGCGCUCUGGCGCAGGGAGCUGGGCAUGUUCUGGACGGGCAGCGGCUUUGCGGACGUACCUCAGUCUCCUUGGGCGCCACCUUCAGCCGACGACCCACAGCCUCAGAAGGACUCCGACACCAGCCUGCCCCGGCCACCGCCAGGUGAAGAACUGGCCAAGUGCCCCCCGCCCCCGGAGCAGCCCCCGGAAGUGUCCGUGCCCGAGGAGACCGGGGCUGGAGCACCCCCCCAGGAGCCCGUGAGCCCAGUGGGCUGCACCCCCGAGCCCACGAGCCUGGUAGGCGCCUCGGCCUAGGAGGUAACGCAGACCCUCGGGCCCUCGCUGCUGCCCGCUGUGCCGAGAGACCCGGAGACUGGACCUGCCCGGCCCCCCCCAACUUGGUGCUCCGGUCUGGCCGACCCCCCCGCUCUUCUUCCUCCUUGAGCCGAGCCCAGCUGCACCCCGGACCCUCUCCAGACCCGCUCCCAGCUCGCGUGGCUGCCGCGAGCUCCUCCCCACUCCGGCCGAGGAGGUCCCCGUCUCCGUCACGCGAGCGCCCCGCUCCACGGUCUUGCCUGUCAACGCGGUGUUUCCUCGGCAAGGACAGAACGCCACCUCCGACCGCCCACGGCCGCAGAUCCGCUCGCCUCUGGUGCUCACCUCGCUGCCUGCAGAGCCCCGUUGUGCAGUCCGGCUGGUCUGCGUGCCGCCGGCUGGCCGGGGUCCGACCGCCUCUGGGGCGGCGCGGGCAGCAGGCAGCGACCGCAGGAGCUCACGGAUGGGCCCCGCCCUGCCUCUUCCAUCAGCCUGGCCGCGCCUGUGUUCCAGCUUCUCCGCCUGUUAAUAAACGGCCACGACUUGUUGAAUUCCGGUGGUGUCACCUCUUGGGUCUGAGUGUCCCGGACGGCCAUCGGCGGGGCAGCCAGGCGCCAGGCGCACCGUCCACGGCGCUGUGUUUUUCCCGUGGGCUGGGUUCUGUCUUUCAGCUUAGAGGGACUCGGGGGGGCCCCCCGCCCUCCUCACGGCAUCCGCACGCUCUCGACCCCACCCCAGCCUGGCCUCUAGGAACAGCACUGGCCAGGCGAGUGCACUUGUAUUUAAACCACCCAGCAGCUUCUGGAACGUGGAGAAUAUUCUGGAACUGGCAUUUCAUUUUCUACCUCACUGAUGGGUUCUCCAAGCGUCACAGUGGAAGUGCUGCAGUAGGACUGGCCGGGGAGCGGCCCCCACGCCAUGGCACGCGCCAGUCCACGCAGCCUCCGGACUCAAGAAAGCUGUUGCCACUGACGUGACGUGAGGGCACAGACCCCCUGGCCACGCGGCCCCAGCUCCGUCCCCCGUCGGUUCGCUGCUUGGUUGCAGACAGCAGGCACGGGGUCAACCAUGAUCCAUUCCAAAACAUACCAGCUCCGGGCAGACUCACACACAGCCUUUGUUAACCGUGCUGCUCUACGGAGAAAUGAUGUUUAUUCCAAAAAAAAAAAAGACACCUUCCACCUCUGUGUGUGUCUUAAAGCAACAGGGGAGCCGGGGGGGAAACCAGCCGAACCUGCCGGCCCCAGAGAGCCGCCCGGCGGGGAGGCCGGACCGGGCUGCAGCGUCUGGGCGGACCGUUCCCACAUCGACCCGCACGUUCUUCUAAGCCAUUCUGUACGUUGGUGUAGGGGCCAGAACCUCUCCGUUCUCCGUGUUUGACAAACGUCGGGAGUUUCGAAGGUGGACGUUCGUUCUUGCAGUUUCUGUGUGCAGUCUUUGCCUCGCUUCUGUUUAAAUCUUACAAUUAAACACAGCUUUUGAGAGUCGC